UCGAACAGCCACCUUCCAUUCCUACCAAAUCUUCCAUUUUUAUUAGCUCAAAUAUCUUCUUUAUUUCUUUCAAUCUCUAUUUUCAUUUUUGUUUCUUUUCUCUUUUCAAUUUAAUUUUUAAAGCUGUUAUGGCUUCUUCCAUUAUAUCCAAGCCUUUCCUUGGAGCUACUAAACCCAAUUCUUCUCUUUCUUCUGAUCUUCAAAGACCCUCGUUUGCCCCUACUCAUAUCUCAAUCAAACCGACAACCCUCAAAAAGCUUCAGAUACAGGCAGCUGGAAGCACAUUUGGAAAUUAUUUCCGUGUUACAACAUUUGGAGAGUCUCAUGGAGGUGGUGUUGGUUGUAUAGUUGAUGGAUGCCCUCCUAGGAUUCCUCUCUCAGAAGCUGAUUUGCAAGUUGAUCUUGACCGAAGGAGGCCAGGUCAGAGCCGAAUUACUACCCCUAGGAAAGAGACUGACACUUGUCAAAUAUUUUCUGGAGUUUCUGAAGGAGUGACUACUGGAACACCAAUCCAUGUUUUUGUUCCAAAUACUGAUCAGCGAGGACAUGAUUACAAGGAAAUGUCAAUAGCUUAUAGGCCUUCUCAUGCUGAUGCCACUUAUGACAUGAAAUAUGGUGUCAGAGCAGUGCAGGGUGGUGGUAGAUCUUCUGCCAGAGAAACCAUUGGAAGAGUGGCCCCUGGAGCUAUUGCUAAGAAAAUUCUGAAGCAGUUCUCGCGAACUGAGGUUCUUGCCUAUGUCUCACAAGUUCAUCAGGUUGUGCUUCCAGAUGGUUCAGUUGACCAUGACACUGUAACUCUUGACCAGAUAGAGAGUAAUAUUGUAAGGUGCCCAAAUCCUGAAUAUGCUGAGAAAAUGAUAGCUGCUAUUGAUGCCGUUCGGACAAGAGGAGAUUCUAUUGGUGGUGUUGUCACGUGCAUAGUGAGGAAUGCCCCACGUGGGCUUGGUUCACCAGUUUUUGAUAAGCUUGAGGCAGAGCUUGCUAAGGCUGUAAUGUCCUUACCUGCGACCAAAGGAUUUGAAUUUGGCAGUGGAUUUUCAGGUACUUUUCUAACUGGCAGUGAACAUAAUGAUGAGUUCUAUACUGAUGAACAUGGAAGAAUAAGGACUAGAACAAACCGCUCUGGUGGGAUACAGGGUGGAAUAUCCAAUGGGGAAAUUAUAAACAUGAGAGUAGCUUUCAAGCCAACAGCUACUAUCAGUAAGAAGCAGCAGACUGUGACUCGAGAGAAACAAGAGAUCGAACUGUUAGCUCGUGGUCGUCAUGAUCCUUGUGUUGUCCCUCGAGCGGUGCCGAUGGUUGAAGCCAUGGUAGCCAUGGUUCUCGUGGACCAGCUGAUGGCACAACAUGGACAGUGUAACUUGUUCCCGAUCAACCCCGAAUUACAGGAACCCUUGAGCUUUAAUCUCCCAAAGUUUGAGCAGGCAAAUAUGUAAACUUUUUUUUUGGUACAAGCAAAAUAUCUGAACUUUAAUGGUAGCAAAGUCACUACAAGAUCUCCAUUGUCAUAGCCUCAAAAUUUUCAUGGUACCAAGUGUUAUGAAUGAGAAUGUUCUGGUCAUACCCCAUUGACAUAUCUAUUUUGAUUUUCUUUAUUUGGUAUGUGGUUUUCUUUUGUAAUUUCAUGAUUGACUAUUGUUGGAUUUAUUUUCCUAUCUUGUAAACAACUUAUAACAUUAAUAAAUGUUUUUUUCUUCGUUGUA